AAUAAUAAUAAAAAUGCCAAAACAAAACCUAACCAAAAGCUCGAAUCAGAGAUUUCCAGAUAUUAUUACUUCCGACAAUUCUAGUUCUUCUCUCUCUGUCUCUCUCUCUCCUCAAGAACCCUAAUAGUUUCUCGUAUUCAACGAUCUGAGUCUCUCUCUUUCCUUAAAAAUCUUCCGACAUGGUUUAGAGUCUCUGCUCUUAAUGGAAGCUGACGUGUCAAUCGUCUGAAAAGAAAAAAAAAUCCCUUUAAUCGCGAUCAGAUUUUCCCCAGCAAAGAUUAAAACUUUUUUUUUCCACCGUUUGUUUCAAUCUGCCAAGGAAGAAGACAAUGAUGAAUCGUCCCCUGGUGCUUCUUCUCCUACUCUUCCUCCACGUCUUCACCCUUUCUUCAGCCAAACUCAUUCUCAUCAGGAACAACAUCACUCGCUCUUUCGACGACAUCGAAGCUAACUUCGCUCCAUCUGUUAAGGCAGCUGGUGAAAUUGGGUUGCUUUAUGUGGCUGAGCCUUUUGACGCGUGCUCUAACUUGAUGAAUAAGCCAGAACAGAGCUCUAACGGUACUACUUCCCCUUUCGUGUUGAUCGUUAGAGGAGGUUGUAGUUUCGAAGAUAAAGUCAGAAAAGCACAGAGAGCUGGUUUCAAAGCUGCUAUUAUACACGACAACGAAGACCGUGGAACCUUGAUAGCAAUGGCAGGUAACUCGGGAGGCAUCAAGAUUCAUGCGGUUUUCGUUACCAAAGAGACGGGAGAUGCGUUAAAGGAGUUCGCGGGGUUGUCUGAUACCAAAGUGUAUCUCCUUCCUAGCUUCGAGAACUCUGCUUGGUCCAUCAUGGCCGUCUCAUUCAUCUCUCUGUUAGCAAUGUCAGCUGUUCUCGCCACUUGUUUCUUCGUCCGUAGGCAUCGGAUAAGAAGGCGUACAUCUCGCUCCUCCUCUAGAGUCAGAGAGUUUCACGGCAUGAGCCGCCGCUUGGUGAAAGCGAUGCCGAGUCUAAUCUUCACUUCGUUCCACGAAGACAACACGACCGCGUUCACUUGCGCUAUCUGCCUCGAAGACUACAACGUCGGAGACAAGCUCAGGCUCUUACCUUGCCGUCAUAAGUUUCACGCGGUGUGUGUUGACUCGUGGCUAACCUCAUGGAGAACGUUCUGCCCCGUGUGCAAACGAGACGCGAGAACAGCCAACGGGGAGCCCCCAGCUUCGGAGAGCACACCGCUGCUCUCGUCCGCCUCGUCGUCUUUCCGAUCUUCCUCUGCUCUAUCUUCAUUCAGAUCAUCAGCAAUGUUAAUCGGUCCUUCCAUGGGAUCAUUACCAACUUCAAUCUCCUUCUCUCCCGCACACGCGAGCUCUUCCUACAUCAGACAGUCCUUCAGGUCUUCCUCUCUAAGGAGAUCUCCUCCGAUAAGCGUGAGUCGAAGCUCGAUGGAUCUCAGACACCAGGGAGCUUCUCCAUCGCCGUCGCAGAGAUCGUACAUGGCUUCUCCGCAGUCGUUUAACUACCCGACUCUGUCACCUCUCAACGCUAGCAGGUACAUGUCACCGUAUAGGCCUAGCCCGAUCAGUGCUUCACCUGGACUAGUCGGGUCGUCAUCGAAUCAUCCGUUGAAUCCUCUGCGUUACAGUGAGUCAGCAGGAACUUUCUCUCCAUACGCUUCUGCGAACUCGCUGCCAGACUGUUGAAGAAAGUUCAUUGAACCAAAACUGGUUAUGGUUCAAUGGACAGAUGAGAUUUUCUUUUUUUUCUUUCUUUUUGUAUUUGAGUUUUAACUAAAGAGAGAGAUACGGUUUGUGUUUGUGUAUGUGCGUGUGAAUACUGAUGAUAUGCUUUAUAGUCUUUUGGUUUGA